AUGUUAAGAGAAAAUGUUUUUCUCACCUUUCAAGCGUCGACUUUCAUAAAACGUGCAUCCAGCCACAAACUUUCCACAUCUCUUACCAUGCCGCAUCCCGGACCGGGAAUCGAACCCGGAUCUUUUGGUUACGCACCAACGGCUCGGACAGUUAAGCUAUCUGAGACAUCGUCCGUAACAACCUUUCAGUCUAAUAAUUUUUUGUUUAACACGAUAACAGAAAAAUAUUUGUUAAAAUAUAGUCGAUGUAACUAUUUAUCAAUAUUUACUUAA